AUGGUGGAAAUGAUUAGUGAAUUUGAUCCAAUAAUGAAAGAGCACAUUCGGCAGGCUAAUGAAAAAGAGAUUCAAUACACGUAUCUUGGCAAAGAAAUUCAAAAUGAGUUGAUACGGUUGUUGGCUAAUGAUGUGAGAAGUGCAAUUGUCAAGAAAGUUAAACAUGUAAAAUAUUUCACAGUUAUACUUGAUUGUACUCCAGAUGUAAGUCAUGAGGAACAUAUGUCGUUAAUAGUACGAUUUGUAGAUGAUUCGGCAAACUUACCUACAGUUGAAGAACAUUGGCUUGAAUUUUUGAAGGUAGAUAAUACAACAGGACUUGGACUUACAAUCGAGCUUCAAAAGGCUUUGAUCAAACUCGAUCUGGAUAUUGAUGACAUUAGAGGGCAAAGGUAUGAUAACGGAUCUAACAUGAGCGGGAAGUACAAAGGAAUGUGGCCAAAGAUACAUAUUUGGAGGUCAGUCUCUAAAGAUGGACCUAAGACAUAUCAUGAGUUCCAAAGUCUGGCAGGAAAACAUAUUGGAACAGAGGAGGCAACCUUAGAUCAAGAUAAAGGAAAGGCCAAUCCUAAUCGUUCAUCUCAUCCCAAAGAUAAAAAGAUGGACAAAAAGUCCAUGCCUAAAUGCAAAAAGGAAAAGGAAGACACUGACUGA